AACAGCUAAAUGAGUUUGUAUUUGUUACUAGUAUAGUGUUGUUAUUAUUUGUUGGGGCCCUAGUUGUUGACGACGACAUCGGAUUAUGAAUCGUAUUCUCAUUGUGUCGUCACAUCAAGGUGCUCAUUAAUAUUAUUUAAUAUAUACACACACUCAAAAAAAAAAAAAAAAAACUAUGCAAUCAUAAAACAAACGUAAAAAAUCUAAAAACAAAAAACUAUCUCAAAUCAUUUAGUUUUAUUUAUAAAGUGUCAAACGUUCAUUUGUUUGUAUUGUAACACCUUUUGUUUAUCCGAUCAAUUUAACCAUAUUUUAAUAUAAAUCAAAAUGCCAGAGUGUUGUAAAAAUUGUACGGGACGUGACGCAAAUAAUAAUACGUGUGUGGGUGGUGCUUAUGGUGGUGGUAACUCAAAUCAUACUUCAUCAUCCGCAUGUAAUAGUGGAGGAAACGGAAAUGGUGGUUCAUCAUCUCAAUGUAAUGCUGCUCGACAUAUACAAGUUACCGCCAAAGUGAUGUUUGGUUCAGUGCAAGCUAUAUCACAUAUGAAAAUGGCUGAGAAGGCGGCACGUGAAAAUAAACGAACGUAACCUUCCCUAUAUAGAUACAUAUUCGUUACAAUUGAAGCCUGGGGUAUCCUAUUCAUAAUAACAUCGCAUAUUCAACAAA